GAUCGAUCGAAAGCCUCUGGAAAAUCCGCCCCGAUCCCACCAAACACCAACGCCCUUCUUCCUCCGCUGAAAAUCCAACACCCCGCCGCUUCCUUCAGAUCUGAGCGAGGGAUCUACGGCGCCGGGUCUCUUUGAGGAGGAUGAACUGGAUCGGGCGCAAGAUCCACCUCUACAAUGUCAACAUCGGCCUUUACAUGCUCGAUUGGUGGGAGCGGUACCUGUUCAAUACAUUGAUGCUUUGCCUUAUUUGGUACAUCCUCCGGUAUCUCAUCGCGUUCUUUCAGAGUAAUCUGGAGACCAUCUUACAAGGUGCAAACUAUCUUGUACAAGGUAGAUAAUCAUCAUCUGCAAAAAAAAUGUGAUGAUGGUGUUAAGGAAUUGCCCUUGUAACUUCAUCUGUUUGAUUAGUUUCAACUGAGAAACUAGAAAGAAUCAGUUCAUCUGUAAUUUAGAUCUGUUGUUUGUAGCCCUUCUAAGAUGUAAGUUUCUGACAUUUGUUUCUAUGAAGCAAACAUAGCAUGUGAUGUGUAAGAUUGCCGUACAGUACUGUCCAUGAUUGUUGUAAUAUAUUGGUUCUUCUUAUUCUCA